UAACUGUUCCGGAAUAACGAUACAAGGAAAUAGAAUAGACAGAUAUAAAUACGCAUAAACAUAUUUAACGUAACCAUGGACAUUGAAGGAUCGGGUACUAACAGGAUAUGGUGGUGUCGUUAAUGGAAUGGAUUUGCCGAUAAAACGGCCGGAUCGGGGCAAGAGGAAAGUCAGAAUCCACAUACUGUAAAUAAACAAAUAAAACGAAUAAGUGAGUAAAUAGAAGAAAAACAUUUAUUUUAAUUCAGCAGGGUUUGAGCAAGAAUUGGAUGGAGCCUCGCGUGGGGAACAGAUACAGGCUCGGCCGCAAGAUUGGCAGCGGGUCGUUUGGCGAGAUCUAUUUAGGUACCAAUAUUCAGACCAAUGAAGAAGUGGCCAUCAAGCUUGAAAAUGUGAAGACUAAGCAUCCACAACUUCUCUAUGAGUCUAAGCUGUACAGGAUCCUGCAAGGAGGAACUGGAAUUCCAAAUGUAAGAUGGUUUGGUGUUGAGGGUGAUUACAAUGUCCUGGUUAUGGACUUGUUGGGACCAAGUCUUGAAGAUCUUUUCAAUUUCUGUACUCGGAAGCUUUCUCUAAAGACCGUUUUAAUGCUGGCAGAUCAAAUGAUAAACAGGGUUGAAUUUGUGCAUUCAAAAUGUUUUCUUCACAGAGACAUAAAGCCUGAUAACUUUCUUAUGGGUCUUGGUAGAAGAGCAAAUCAGGUUUAUGUAAUUGAUUUUGGGCUCGCAAAAAAGUACAGAGAUACAGUCAGCCAUCAACAUAUUCCUUACAGAGAGAACAAGAAUUUAACUGGUACUGCCCGAUAUGCAAGUAUGAACACUCACCUUGGAAUUGAGCAAAGUCGAAGAGAUGAUUUAGAAUCCCUUGGAUAUGUUCUGAUGUAUUUUUUGAGGGGCAGUCUCCCAUGGCAGGGGCUGAAAGCUGGUACUAAAAAGCAGAAAUAUGAAAAAAUCAGUGAGAAAAAGGUUGCCACCCCUAUUGAGGUCUUGUGUAAAUCUUACCCAUCAGAGUUUGCAUCAUAUUUUCAUUAUUGCCGAUCAUUACGCUUUGAUGAUAAACCAGAUUAUGCAUACCUGAAGAGAAUAUUCCGCGACCUUUUCAUUCGUGAAGGCUUUCAGUUUGACUAUGUGUUUGACUGGACCAUUUUGAAGUAUCAACAGACACAGAUUGCCAAUGCACCUCAGCGACCUAUUGGUACUGCUGUAGGGACGAGCUCUGCUGUAGCUGUAGUAGCUGAUAAGCAUCCAGGUGUUCCAGAUGGGAGGGACAAUCCUCGUGCGGUUAUUGAAGGUUUACGAAGAAGAACCUCUGGACCCCUUGUCAAUCCAAGUGGCCCACCAAAACAUAAAAGCUCAGCAGCAAAUGAAACUGGGACUGGAAAAGAGGUGAUAAGUGGGCGCACAGAGAGGCCAGAGCGUGGCCAUUUAUCUUCUCUCAUGAGUCAAGGUGGUAGCACAUCAAGACGAGUAGGGGUUUCAAGCAGCAGGCAACCAGUUGUGUCCGAGGCUGAUUCAUCGUCUCAUCUACGUGGAGCUGAAGUGAGUCCCAUAGAACCCAAACGGUCAGCUUCUGGUAGGAUCAUGCCAAGUCCUAGGAAUUAUGAAGCUACAAUAAAAGGCAUGGAAGGCCUUUCCUUCGAUAUGGAAAAGAGGCAGUAAGUCUCGAGUUUGGAGGCUGGGUUUUGGAGUGCUGAUAUUAUUGGCAUUUGCGAAUUUGAAGUUAUUGCAUUGCAAAUUUGUGAGGAUAUAUUCAAUCGCUGGAACAUAUUUGUCAAUAUGGGCCAGUUCAAGGAAUAUGAUACAUUUUGAAAUUCCUUGCCAUGCAUGUUUAUUUUCAUGGAUAUCCAGGAAAUGCAAUGGACAUAGAUUUCAUGUCCAAACAGUCAGAGUUUGGACCUCUGUGCAGUAGCAUUGGCAUCAUUAUUGGUUCUUGUAAAUUGGAUAUGUACAUUAUUGAAAAAUGCAUUUCGUCUGGCCAAAUUUGGAAAUAUCCUUUAAGUGGACAUGAUGGAAUAUAAACAGCUAAAUUGUCUGUAAGGUUUUUAUUUAUGACCUUCCGUUGUGCUACAGCAACAGUUUGAGCAGACUCUGACUUUGAAAAUCUGGUUUGAGAGUAAAAUAAUAGUGUUUUGUGUUUCAUGUAAGCCACAUUAGAACUUCCCUUUCUGGCCUUUUACUGGCCUUAUCAGUUCCUCUAUCAUUAUGAAUAGGCACGCAUUGAGAGAAUAGCUUGGAGCGUUGCCUAGGAAGAUUUGCUUAUAUUGGGCGAUAAGCAUUAGAAUUCUGGAUUUUACUGUUCCUAUUUUCUGGAGAUUAUCUCUGGUUGCUUAAGAGCACCAUUCCUAAGUUGUGGGAAUUAUCUGCUGUUUUUUAAUUUCAUUGUUCCUAUGUUCUGGGAAUUAUAUCUGAUUGCUUAGUCUCA